UUUUUUAAAGUAGCCGCACCAAGCGGACACAUGUUUAAAUUAACAAUGUGCAUGCAGGGCCGGUUAUAGUGUCACAUUCAUCAUGUCAUCUAAAAAGAAAAUUAAAAGGAAGUCCGAGAUAUUAAACAGCGGCGAGAAGUCAAGCGUGUUAGCUGACAUUCGUGGUGAAUCUCCGAGACGAGACAGUUUGGGGACUGAGCGUGGGGACAGCGCGACUUGCAAUGGUUCAUUCACAGUGAUCGAUUUCAUUGACAAAGCUGAUGACAAGGUUCCCAAAAAAUGCCAGAGGUUUCUGGUCCAGCUCAGUUUAAACAGCAUGAAAUCUGCAAGUAUCUGCAUUGGACGUCCGGUUCUGCUGUCAAGCGCGUCUGCCAAACAAGAGGUGUGCACAGCUUGGCCAACAGCUGCAUUCCCAGGAGGCAAAGCCGGCCUGCAGGCAACAACCCAACGUAACCUGGGUGUGAGGUCAGGGGACUGGGUUUCCAUUGAGCCGCUGACGGGCCCUGUGCUGCAAGCUGAUGAGGUCCACCUUACCCCCAGGCAAAAUGUUGACUCCCUCGAUUUAGAAGAGUUUUCAAACUUUGUUCUGCGGUCUGUAGAUGGGAAAAUCAUUCUUCCAGGAAAUCUUCUGUCCCUCAACUUCUUUGGGCGACCAUGUAGUUUGAGGGUGGAUGCACUAACCGGGGUGGAUGGGGUUACCCUGGAGUGGACUCCUUGUGGGCCAGAAGGCGAGCCGGUGUGCUCAGAAAGCCUGGCUCUUGACUCUGCUACAGAUGUUUCAUUGCAGCUGAGCACUCUGAACAUUGAGGAUGUGGAUCCGGGCCCUACCUUCAGCACCCCUAGCAAGCCUCAGCCCCCCUCCCUGGAUACAUCUGACAACGCCAACUCGUCCGAUAGUUCCCUCCCCGUGCCAGCCUCGCCCACAGAACAAGCAGGGUGUGAUCGACCAUGUGAGGUGCCCCCUGGUGGUCGAGGGAGUCGUGACACGUUUUACUUCAUUUCCACACUGACCAAGAUCAGGUUCACAAAGCAGCCCAGGCAGAGCGAGGAAGAUACCAGUGAGGUUCCUAAGGUCACCUACAGCAUGAUCGGGGGCCUCAGCAGUCAGCUGGCCAUCAUCCGGGAGACAAUCGAACUUCCGUUGAAGCAUCCAGAACUGUUCAAGAGCUAUGGAAUCCCCCCACCCAGGGGUAUACUGUUGUAUGGCCCUCCUGGUACAGGAAAGACCAUGAUUGGAAGAGCGAUAGCCAAUGAGGUCGGAGCUCACAUGACUGUAAUCAAUGGUCCUGAAAUCAUGAGCAAGUAUUAUGGAGAAACAGAGGCAAGGCUGAGACAGAUCUUUGCAGAAGCCUCUCAGAGGCGGCCGGCGAUCAUCUUCAUCGACGAACUGGACGCGCUGUUUCCGAAGCGGGAGGGGGCCCAGAACGAGGUGGAGAAGCGCCUGGUUGCUUCGCUCCUGACCCUCAUGGAUGGGAUUGGCUCAGAGGACCACAAUGGGCAGCUGCUGGUCCUGGGGGCUACCAACCGUCCACACGCCCUGGACCCUGCCCUGAGGAGGCCCGGCCGCUUCGACAAGGAGCUGGAGGUGGGGGUGCCUGGGUCGGCCGGGAGGGCAGACAUCUUGCGGAAGCAGUUGAGCUCGGUGCCGUGCCAACUGACUGAGGAAGAGCUGACUGCGCUGGCUGAUGCCGCUCAUGGCUACGUGGGGGCGGACCUGGCCGCCGUCUGCAAGGAGGCAGGUAUGCAUGCUCUGCGCCGGGUGCUGGGCGCCCACCCGCAUCUGCUGGAUGACCAUGUGAUGGAUGCGGUGACCAUCACCCUGGAGGACCUCCAGCUGGCUAUGUCAGUGGUGAAGCCCAGCGCCAUGAGAGAAGUGGCCAUCGACGUGCCCAAGGUGCAAUGGUCGGACAUCGGCGGAAUGGACGACGUGAAGUUGAAACUGAAGCAGGCUGUGGACUGGCCCCUGAGGCACCCCGAGGCCUUUUCUCGCAUGGGCAUCCAGCCUCCCCGGGGAGUUCUUCUCUAUGGACCCCCUGGGUGCUCAAAAACCAUGAUCGCCAAAGCUCUGGCCAAUGAGAGCGGACUCAACUUCCUAGCCAUCAAGGGUCCCGAAUUGCUUAGCAAAUAUGUGGGCGAAUCUGAGAGAGCAGUGAGAGAAGUCUUCAGGAAGGCCAGAGCUGUGGCGCCCUCUAUCGUGUUCUUUGACGAGAUCGACGCCCUUGCCGUUGAGAGAGGAAGCUCUGCAGCGUCCGGAGGCGUGGCCGACCGUGUUCUGGCCCAGCUUCUGACAGAGAUGGACGGAAUCGAGCAGCUCCGAGACGUCACGGUCCUGGCAGCCACCAACCGUCCGGAUAUGAUAGAUAAGCUGAGUAUGUUGGUGAAGAAAGAAAAUGGAAUGGAGGACCCCUCGUGGAAUGGGAGACCCCUCCUGCAAUGGAGAUCCCAUCCUGGAAUGAGGGACCUCUCGUGGAAUGGGAGACCCCUCCUGCAAUGGAGAUCCCAUCCUGGAAUGAGGGACCUCUCGUGGAAUGGGAGACCCCUCCUGCAAUGGAGAUCCCAUCCUGGAAUGAGGGACCUCUUGUGGAUUGGGAGACCCUUCCUGCAAUGGAGAUCCCAUCCUGGAAUGAGGGACCUCUCGUGGAAUGGGAGAUCCCUCCUACAAUGGGGGUCCCAUCCUGGGAUGAGGGACCUCUCAUGGAAUGGGAGACCCCUCCUACAAUGGGGGUCCCAUCCUGGGAUGAGAGACCUCUCAUUUAAUGGGAGACCACUCCUACAAUGGGGGUCCCAUUCUGGGAUGGGGGACAUGGACUGAGGAUAAGGGUUUAGCAGGUCACUGGUCCAUGUGUUGCAUCGCCCUCCUACCCUCCUGCUCUGAUUUAAAAAAUGUUGGUAGAUUUUUUUUUUUGAUUGCAUUUGAAUUAGGCUGUCGUCUUGUUUUUUAUCGGAGAAAUAAUUAGAAUAGAAUUUUUUAUGUGUUUCCAAAACAAGCAUGUUUGUUAGUAAGCCAUUCUGUAGGAAGGACAAAAGGAGGAUGGAUUUUGGCCUGGAAUCGUAAACCAUUCGCAUCUUUGAUGUGGUUCCUGCAGUGAAAUUCUGAGUGGCCUGGAUUUACUCUACUCUUGUUAUUCUGCGUUCUACCUGAAGGCAGAUUUCCUUCAUCGGUUUCUGUGCUUCCACCAGCGUUAAUAUAUUUCAGGAGGGAGACGUAAAUGUCCUGGCAUGGAUUGAUUGAUUCGACUUCUCUUCGCUGUAUUCAGGGGGUAUGGAUGGGAUCCGAGCCUCCUCUACCUCUGGAGGUGUUUCUGUAGAAAGCUGAAAGUGUGUAUUUAGUGCAUUUAUAGCCAGUGUGUUCAAAUGCACAUUGUACUAUAUGGAAACCUUCUAAAUAUGCCAUGCUCCUUGCUAUUAAUAUUUGACUAAUGGACCAAAAGAAUCGUCUGUCUUUCCGCAUGGUACCCUGGCGGCGGGCUUGUGAUGUCCGUGUCACUUACCCGCCUUGGCGGCCCGGUCUGGACGUUAAGGGUCCGACGGCUUAAGGCUGCGGCGUUCCCUCCGGAUCUCCCGGGGUCACAGGAAAGUGCAAAGCGGCAGCCUCCCAUAAAGCGCCGCAUAUCCGUCAUCGUCAGACACUCCUUUGAGGUAUUUCCACCAAAAAGGGGGGAAAAAAAAAUGGAGGUG